AUUGUCAUCGUCGACGUCGACGUGUGGGGGAGUGGAUGUGGCGCGCUGGCUUCUCGCAGUAAUUUAUGAUUUAUAUGGUCUUGCCUCGCAGUGUUGGCGUUGUUAUCGUGGUGUUGAAAGUCUGGCAUUGGCAUUAGUUGGUGCUUUGUGCAUUUUUGUGGGUGAUAAGACUAAGAGCUUUCUUGAUAAGCCCUGCCCCCGGUGAAUGCGUUUGCUCAGGAAGAACCUUAUUUCGGGACAGCAAGACUCGUGAAGCAGUUCAAGUCAAGGACCUUAUUUACUUGGUGCCUAUUUCCAUUUAUAUCUCUGCGGUCUCUACAAUAGUCUAUUUAUACACUUUUUGAAUAAUUUUAUUAUUUCUACACUCUUUCUGUGAUCGACACCAAAGCACAAAUACCCCAAGAUGUCUCUGGCAAGUGAGAGGAACGACAUCGAGCUGGAUGAGAAGAUAAAGGAGCAGCACCGUAUCGACUCUCUGAACCUGCUCCUCUACAUGAUGCUGCUCAUCACCACGGUGCUCACAGUGUGGAUGUUCAAACACCGCCGGAUGCGCUACAUGCACGAGACCGGCCUGGCGCUGGUGUUCGGUCUGGUGGUAGGCGCGCUGAUCCGUUACACAUCAGUCCCUUCGGCCAUCUCUCAUGUAGAAGUUAAGGCGGUGUCGCAUCCAACCUACAACGGCACGCUACCGCCCGACUACCUCUGGUAUCAUAUGAAACGAAAACUUGAAAACAGGACAUACGCGUACCGCCUGACGGGCGAAGUGGAGGACCUCACAGGCAACCAGUUCGCUCAGCAGGCCACCUUCGACCCGGAGAUAUUCUUCAACAUCAUCCUGCCGCCGAUCAUCUUCAACGCCGGCUACAGCCUCAAACGGAAAUUCUUCUUCCGGAACCUGGGCUCGAUUCUGUGCUUCGCCUUCAUCGGCACGACCAUCUCGGCGUUUGUGAUAGGCGGCGUUCAAUACACAUUCGGUCUCCUGUUCACCUACAAACCAUCUUUACUGGACUGUCUGUACUUCGGUGCGCUCAUCUCCGCUACCGAUCCGGUCACCAUUCUGGCCAUCUUUAACGACCUCCAUGUCGACGUCAACCUUUACGCCCUCGUCUUCGGCGAGUCGGUACUCAACGAUGCCGUGGCCAUCGUGCUUGUUACAGCCAUCGAGAACUACGCCAAGCUGUACGCCACGGCUGCGGACGGAUUCGAGGCGAUUGCGUUCCUGAAGGCGAUCGGCCUCUUCUUCUACGUGUUCUGCUCCUCCUUCCUGCUGGGCUCGGUGAUGGGCUGCGCCACGGCGCUACUGACCAAGUUCACGCAUAUCCGCGACUUUCCGCUGCUAGAGAGCUCGCUGUUCCUGCUGAUGAGCUACUCGUCGUUUCUGAUCGCCGAGGCGGCUGAUCUCACAGGAAUCGUUGCCGUCCUGUUCUGCGGUAUCUGCCAGGCUCACUACACAUACAACAACCUCUCUGACGAGGCCAGGGUGCGCACCAAGGACUUCUUCGAGCUCAUCAACUUCCUGACGGAGAACUUCAUCUUCAGCUACAUCGGCGUCUCGCUCUUCACCUUCCCAAAGCACCAGUGGGACUUUGCCUUCAUCGGCUGCGCUUUCAUCUCCCUGUUCGUCGGACGUCUUCUCAACAUUUACCCGCUCUCCUGGCUGCUGAACUUGCGACGAAACCCCAAGAUUCCGCUCAACUUCCAGCAUAUGAUGUUCCUGGCAGGACUUCGUGGUGCGAUCGCCUUCGCGCUGGCCAUCCGCAACACAUACUCAGUGGGCCGGCAGACGAUCCUCACGGCCACGUCCAUCAUUGUGGCGGUUACCGUCGUCUACGGCGGGCUCACCACGCAGCUGCUGCUGUGGCUGGGAAUACCAGUGGGAGGCGAAGCAGAGGAGGAUGAGACAACAGGACUGAACCAGAUGCAGCGCACACGGCCGCCGAACGCCACCGGCGCGCGGGACAACCCGGAGAAGGCUCGCCUGGUGCGGCUGUGGUCCAACUUCGACACGGCCUUCAUGAAGCCGCUGCUGACGAACGCGCGCCCCACGCUGCUAGAGACGCUGCCCAUGUGCUGCCACCCGCUGGCGCGACUGCUGACCAGCACACAGCAGCUGACGCAGGACACGAGUAACAAGUACGAUGAUGACGGCGAGGGUUUUCUAGAGGGCGACGACGCCAGUCUGCACGGCGCCGGCGGUGACUCGGGGUCGAUACACUCCAAUGGCAGACAGAUGACUGCCCCCGACGCUGCCGGCGCCACCAGCCCUCCGCCAGCAGCCAGCCACAUGUGAUAGGCGGCGGCGCGCCCGACGACGGUGACCUGGGCACGGGCUCUGCCAGCGGGUACCAGCAGGCGCCACCCGCCGCCGCCGCCGCCGCCCGGCCCACGCGGGUGACGCUGCGCGGCCACGGCCACGGCGAGAACUUGUAGUUACGGCCGCCGCCGCCGCGCGGCGCUGGCGGCGUCCGGGUGCUGUCCGCUUGCUUCGUCCGCUCAACGGCUGCGGGGAUUAAUCGAAGAUGAGGCGAAUGUCAGUGGUGUCGGCCGCGUAUGGUCCGUGUUUGUGUGCGGGUGUGGAGCCUGUCUGUCGUACAGUCUCUGCUGGAUCUCGGUACCAGUCGGCACGGAACGAACCCUGUUUCCGAGACUUGUCGGUCGCUCAGACAGCCCCGCGGCAUGACUCGGUGGAUAUACAGCGUGUCCGUGACAUUGCGCCCUUACCGCCCAUGAUCGGACCCUCGGACUGGCGGCUGCCAAGUCGCUGACUCGGUGAUAGGAGAACGCACAUUCCGGCCCGAGUGCACGUGAUGAACCCCUCUGAAUGUGAUUGUGCGUGCCGGAGACGCCCAGAACGCAUGCGGCGCGAGAGACAUGGCCAUAGGACCAGUGACUGCAUUAUAGAGGACUGAGAACCGGUGACUGAUGUGCAGAGGACUGAGACAAUCGAGUGGCCGGCGUAGAACGGGUUCUGACGGACGGCUUAUUGAGAACGGUCUGUGCGAGAGGACUGGAUAGCUUUGUUAGGUCAAGGAGAUCAUAAGACUGCCAACCGGCUGCGAUGACUGGAGAUGACUGAUGACUGAAGACUGAUGAGGGUACCGACGUUUGGAGACUGCAUAGUGAGGAAUAGGACUGAGAGCUGACUGACAAAUUCCAACAGACUGAAAAUUAUACGCAGCUAUCUUCAGUCCUGGACCAGGGACCUAACUGAACUGGACUGACUGAACCGACGACUGAGGACUGGAGACUGUCUCGCUCGGCCGCGCUCUCAGACGUCCGGCCCGCUGUUUUCAGAAUGACGCCCGGCAGCCGGUGAAGGUGGCCAGUUACGGUUCAAUAGCGCCCUGAGACGCGCCGUGGCCGACCGAGGGUGCUACCGACGUCAGUUGUGAUCUGGUCUGCCGCUGCCGCCGUUAGGUGGUGCGCGCUGAGUGAACUAACCGGGCCAGUGGUCCGCUGGGCGGGGCGGCGACCCCACCCAGAAUCAGUGGAGCCCCUUGUGGGACUAUCUCAGUCAGGUAUAUAUCACUGUACCACUUGUUGCUUGUAUGCCGAAUGUUUACUUUGCUUCUGGUGUGUAUCGUUGUUUUACUCCCCGAGCUCUGCGGUCGCAGAGGUGGCGGAGGGCCGCCGGGGCUGCCCGGGGCCGGCCCGACGCAGUGCGCGGGUCCCCUGCUGUGCCAGUCGUUUGACGUGAUGACCCGUGUGGGAAAUGAGAGCCGGCGCGCCGCGGGCUGUUCCCGCGAGCCGCCCCGUCUGCUCGGCUAUCUUAUAGUGUAUGUACUCCUGGUGCUUAUUAAAUGGAAUGUGGCCACUG